UCGCCAUAAGGCCUUCCUGAGACGGUAUCCGAGAUUUACUCUAACGUACUGAGCAAGGAUUUUACCGAUGGAAUGGUACGCCAAGCGAAGGAACAGGUUCGCAACACGAUGCCGAAUGUGCACAAGAUAUUCGAUCAACUGUUCCAGUUUGAACAAAGCGGAACCAGCGAAGCCGGGUCUGGCAUGACCGGCGAGGAAGAGGAAACCGAUAAACUGAGUGUUGAAAUAGUCGAUAAACUGAGUGUUGAGUCGCCCACCAAACGGAAUCACAUGAAAGCUCAUCGCACCCAAAAGGAGCAAAAACGGAAUGCUUAUGCUGUAUCGGUGUGGCGUCGCAUCCGGAUGAAACUGAGGAAGAGACCCAGAUCCGAACCGUCGUUGUACCGCGCAAGAGCAGGUUGAGUGGAUGAUACGGGAAGCGAUGGAU